GAAUCUCAGUAAGUAGUAGCGAAUCACUGUGUUGUACUUUAUAGUAUAGCAUGUCUAUGGUCCCGACAUGGCUUUAACCAGCGAGGAACAGGACACACACAGAUAGAAAUAAGACACAGUAUUUCUAUAUUUUGUGAAGACUGAUACUUGGCUUGGCUUGAAGGUGAUUCUGGAGGAAGCUGACAUGAUGCAAAAGGUGACUUAAUGGGGACCUGAGUGGUGUUUGGAAGUCCACUGAUAAAAAUAAGCUCUACAUUAUCCUACAUAGAAGAACGGUGAGGGGAGCAGUAAAGGAAGUCCACUAAUAAAAAUAAGCUCUACAUUAUCCUACAUAGAAGAACAGUGAGGGGAGCAGUAAAGGUGAAUGAAAUCUCAAAAACAAGAAAACCAGGACAGUGCAUAUUUUCUGGUUUCAGUGACCAACAACUUAUAAAAAGCACAUUCAUAGCUGUUUCUACUUCUGUAGUGACAUCUGAUUAUAUCAUAUGCUGCCUUUACCAAGACUGGCUUUAAAUAAGAGUUAAUGCUUUAAAUGAAGGAAAAAAACAUGGGAAAAUCUCAGAGUCAUGCCCCUCAGUACUUUUAUCAAGCAAACUUUAAUCAAGCGAACAUAAUUUUAGAUAAACAAUAGCUAAAAAAGUAAAAAGGUCAGGCAUUAGCAGAUAUGACUGACAACAUGAGCUCCAGAGUCGACACCCCAACCAACAUCUCUCUGAGUCCCAGCGCUGCUGUCUCUGAUUCAUUGGAGUACAAGACGGUGUCUGUGUUCCUGGUCCUUAUGGUGUGUGGUGUGGGCAUCGUGGGCAACAUCAUGGUGGUCCUCGUGGUACUCACCACGCGCCACAUGAGGACACCAACCAACUGUUACCUAGUGAGCCUGGCCAUAGCUGACCUGACGGUGCUGGUGGCAGCGGGACUGCCCAACGUGUCAGACAGUCUGACAGGUACAUGGAUUUUUGGACAUGCUGGCUGCCUGGGAAUCACAUACCUUCAGUACCUGGGCAUCAACGUGUCCUCCUGUUCCAUCACUGCCUUCACUGUGGAGAGGUACAUAGCUAUCUGCCAUCCCAUGAAGGCUCAGACAGUGUGUACAGUAUCGCGGGCCAAGCGGAUCAUUGCUGGGGUUUGGAUCUUCACAUGUGUCUACUGCAUGUUGUGGUUUUUCCUGGUGGACAUUCAGGUCAGCCAGGACGGACAUGUGCAGUGUGGCUACAGAGUGAAACGGGAGCUCUACCUGCCCAUCUACCUCAUCGACUUUGCUGUUUUCUAUGUCAUCCCGCUGCUGCUCGCCAUUGUACUGUAUGGCCUGAUAGCACGGAUCCUCUACCUCAGCCCUUUGCCCAACCAUCCCGACAACAGCGCCACUACCAUGCGUCGAAGCUGCCGGGAAGCCUCUGAAGCAGGGAAAGGAGGUCGUCAGGACCGGCCAAGGAGUGCGCUCUCCUCCAGGAAGCAGGUGACAAAGAUGUUGGCAGUUGUGGUAGUCCUAUUCGCUCUACUGUGGAUGCCCUACCGGACUUUAGUUUUAAUCAACUCUUUUGUGUCGACACCCUAUCUGAAUGCCUGGUUCCUCCUAUUUUGUCGGACAUGCAUUUAUGCUAAUAGUGCGAUAAACCCUGUGAUAUACAAUGCCAUGUCACAAAAGUUUCGCUCAGCAUUUCGCGGGCUUUACCGUUGCCAGCGGCAAGAGGGAAAUCAGAGGACGCUGUCAAUGAUCCAAACAGGCUUCAGCACCAUCCGAGACCGCAGAAUGUCUCAGGCCAAUACUAAUGGAACCAGUGAAAAAGCAAGGAGGGCCAUCCUGAUUACUGCCACUGAUAUGACUACAAAACAGAAUGGAAGUGGUCACCAGGAGACAGCAGUAGUCAAUGGCAAAAAAGCAGACCAACCCAAUGACAAUGACCCAGCUAUUUGUAGUUUGGGUGUAUAUCCAGCUGGUCAUGAAAAGUUGGACUGGCCUGCAUCACCUAAUGCCACAUUUAAUUUUGCAGACAAACAUACAACAAACAAUCAUCAGGAAAAUAUAUAAAUAUCUUCUUGUCAACAUAAUGUUUGAUAUAAAGGAAUUAGUCAGUACCACUGACAUCCAGUGAAAGAAGAAAAUUAAACAAAAUUCUUUCCAUUCAGUCACAAUACAGCUGUGGAUCACUGUUGGACAGGAUCCACAUUAAGUAAUAUGAAAUUUGUGACCUGCCUUUAUUUCAUUAUUCAGAAGAGGCAGAUUUCACCUUGAGCACUGAGGUAACAUGUAAAGAGAAGAAAGAUGAUCAGUAAA